AUGAAAUUGCGGAAGCAGUUAUCUGGAACUGCAUUCAUAGCUUGUAAUGAAAAUAAUCAACGAACUACGAAAAGACUUAUGAGAAAUUCAAAUGGAGACAUCAGAACACGGACACACGCAUGCCGUUCAAUUCGGGAAGGAAGAGCAGACAUAAAUAAACAAGUGAGAAAGCACGCACCCGUACGUGAACGAGGAACGCCAGCACGUCAACCCGAAACACGCACAGCUAACAAAUAA